CUAAUACGCCCACCGCUCUAUGCGGUCUACCAAAUGCAACGCGUCCCUAGCAACGGCGGCGCCCUAGCAACGCGUCGCCUAGCAACAGCCAGCGCGUUGUAGUACUGGGCCUGGACUUAACAUCCCCUAUAUAGUUGUAAUACUAGGCCUGUACUUAACAUCCCCUAUAUAGUUGUAGUACUGGGCCUGGACUUAACAUCCCCUAUAAAGUUGUAAUACUAGGCCUGUACUUAACAUCCCCUAUAUAGUUGUAGUACUGGGCCUGUACUUAACAUCCCCUAUAUAGUUGUAGUACUGGGCCUGGACUUAACAUCCCCUAUAUAGUUGUAGCCCUAGGCCUGUACUUAACAAUCCCCUAUAAAGUUGUAAUACUAGGCCUGUACUUAACAUCCCCUAUAUAGUUGUAGUACUGGGCCUGGACUUAACAUCCCCUAUAUAGUUGUAGUACUGGGCCUGGACUUAACAUCCCCUAUAUAGUUGUAGCCCUAGGCCUGGACUUAACAAUCCCCUAUAUAGUUAUAGUACUGGACCUGGACUUAACCCCUCGACAAGACCCACAAGUCGAGUACAGCAGCAGCAGCACCAACCUGCAGCUUGCUACGCACAAAAUAUCGGUGACGAAGAACGCCCUUCGUCCGUCUUUGUCCGGCAUUCUGCGCCAUUGGAACUGCCCUGUAUUCUAAGGGGAUACAGGCGGACACGAUGAUGGCCAUGAUGAACCGCCAGGAGGAGAGUGUGUACAAUCUGAUUCCGCGGGAAGAAGUGACUCCGGAGAAGCCACCCAGGUACAUAUCCAGGUUCCGAGAGUCAAUCCGCCUGGAGACCAACGAGAGGAAGAAGGGCCAGCGCACGAUGGGUCCAGCCAAGGUGGAGGUGCCAUCUCCACAGGAAUACCUCCAUAAGCACUCCCGGGAUGCUGCUCUGCCUGAGAGCGGUGUGACCCCUGUCGCAGAGAAGCCCUUCCAUUAUCCGGACGAGGGGAGGCGGCGACCACGAGUGCCAGGGCAUGACGAGAGGCCGCCCAUGGGCCUCCACUCCAGGAAGGACUUUGUCAACACCAACGCCGUGGACGUGAUCACGGCGGUCCCACGCCGCCCGCAGCCCACCCUGGUGGACACGAAGAGAGGUGAUCGCCAGCCCUUGGAUCCCUCGGGACUCGUGCCCAAGUUCGUGCGCAAGAAAGAGUAUGGCCAGGUUCCGGAGUACAUCGUCAAGCGCAACGAGGAGAUGCGGCAGGCGCAGGAGGAGUAUGACGCGUACGUGCGUGAGCGUUUGCGUCGUGGGGCCCUGAACCAGAUGUCGGAGCAGGAGAGAAGCAGCAUCUUGCAGGGCCUGAAGCAGAACUGGGAUGAGCUGCAUCGCCAGUACCAGGGACUGUCCGUUGUGACCGACACAGCCCCCAAGAAGCAUCGCAAGGAGCGCCUGGAGACGGAGAUGAAGCAGCUGGAGAAAGACAUCGAACUCAUCGACCGCCACAAAAUCAUUUACGUCACCAACAAAUGAGUGCACAAGGUCCAAGGGCCAAAACACGAGCCAUUGGCACAGAGGUUUCCAUCAUCUAUGAUUGAGCAAAUGUAGGCUUACACGGCUUAUAGCCAACAAUACUUCUUAAACUCAGUAGAUUUAUUAGACAUUUAACUCAUUAGAUGUACUCAUCAGAACACAAAUAGAACAUGAGUGUUAAGCAUGCUAUGUAAGGCUGAAUAAACAUUUACAUAUAUUAACCUGUGUUACAUUUUGGUUGGAUAUUUGUAAAACCUUGAAGUUUUCUCCAAAAGUGCUCAGACUUAUUUUACAGAAUAAGUUUGAGGUCUUGGUUUAAACAUACGAGGGAAGACUUGUAGUACCAUCCCUCCAAUCAGAGGAGAUCUGUUUUACAUGUGGUAAAUAAAAUCCCCAACAGAGUAACCAUGCAGAUUAGCGAAAAUCUUCCUGAAACGUAUUGAGUGUGACUCACAUGCUGGUGGAGAACUUAAGCCUGGCAGAGCGCCGGGUGCAUUUUUCCCAUCUCUGCAUUAAAAGGCAGAGCGAUCCGUCGUGCAGGAAUUGACCCUCAACCAGCAUGUGAAUAGCACACAUUCGAAGAAUUUUGGCAGAGCAGCAAAUAUACGUCACCCACCAGAUAACUUUGGUUGCAUCAGUGUAUACUACUGCAUUGUUCGCAUUGCACCAGCCAAAAAUAGAUUUUACGGACCAAGUGGCCCUGUGGUUGUAACGCACAACUUACACUUGGAAGGUUGCAAAUGUGAAGCGUGGUUGGAGGCUUGACUCGGUUUUUCAUUCUGCGAGGGUCAAGAAACGAUUGCCACUUUGGCUGCCACUCCAAGUUCGUCUCAACCACCGCCCAUUGUCCCUUCUAGUGAUGUGUCCUUCCCAAGCCCGCUUACUUUUCUUAGCGGUCGAGAUGUCUCUUACAAUGUUUUCUUUGUCAAUGUCCAUAUUAAUGAUUACAUAUGCCAUAGGUAAUAUACUAUACAGCACCGCACCUCCGAUUAGCAUGGUUGGCUACGUACGGUGCAAAAGAAGUUCAACAUACUCUGUCUUGUACAGUGACUAUCCUCAUCAUGGGGCAUACAUGGAAUUCCCGGUACUACCAGUGGGCUGGUAAUAGAUAACAUCUGUAAGCUUAUGAAGAUAAACUAUUUGAUAUUGACAGCAAGCGGUUCAACAACUCAAGCCUUGUGCAGACGUAUACAAUAUUUGUUUUGAUUUUAAAAGGUUACUCGAAACGUGUUAUAUCACUUCUCUGGAAAUAAAAAACACUAAUCCA